AUGUCAAUUAACGGAUUAAUAUCUUUUUGUAAACGUUCUUACGUUACAAAUAAUAAAGCACAAAAAGUGGUCAUUAUUGGAGGAUCUGGUCUUAUUGGAAAAUAUGUUGCAAAAGCUUUCAUUCGGGAUCCCACAACUUUGAUCCAAUUAACUGCGCGAAAUCUUAAAAAUGUUGAGGAUUUGAGAUCAUUGGGAAUGCAAAUUCUUCCUCCCAUAUCAGGCGAUAUAACUUCUCGAUCGGAUGUAUUAGAAGCAUGCAAGGGUGCAGGGGUUAUAAUAAAUUUAGUAGGAAUUAUGCAUGAACAUCCACCGAAAUAUACCUUUGAAAAUGUUCAGCAUCAAGGUGCAUGUAACGUUGCGUUCGCUGCCGAAGUUUAUAAUGCUCAUCUGAUACACAUUAGUGCUAUAGGUGCAGACCCAAAUAGUGAAAUUCCUUAUGCUAAAACUAAAGGUUUGGGAGAAAUAGCCGUACGUGAAUUAUCUCCUAAAGCUACGAUCAUUCGUCCAAGUAUCGUUUUUGUUUUUGGUGGUGGCAAAACAAAAUUUCAACCAGUUUAUGUAUGGGAUUUAGCAAUGGCGAUAUAUAAUAUUAGUAAAAAUCGUCAAAAAUUUGAAGAAAAAAUUUUUGAAAUUGGUGGUCCAACUGUAUAUACUUAUAAAGAAAUAAUAAAAUUGACUUUAAAUCAAGCAGGAAUAAAACGUCCUGUUAUAUCGAUACCUUGGUCAAUUUCUUUUAUUCAGGGUUUCUUUUUAGAAAAAUUACCUCCAAAUUUAUUUACAAUUACUCGUGAUCAAAUUAAAUUAUUAAAAAAAGAUAAUAUCGUUUCGGAUGAUCCUCAUAUUUUGAAACUUUCAGAUUUAGGAAUUAAUCCUACUCCGGCUGAAAAGAUAUUAUAUACUUAUCUAAAAAAACACGAUAUCGUCACUCCAAAUAAAAGAACUCAUCGACCAUUUAGUCAACCGAUUGAUGAGGAAAUUAAGGAAGUCAAAAAGAUUAGAAAAGAAAUUCCGGAACAUGCUUUAAAGAAAGAAACCGAACAUCAAAAACCAAUCGAUAAAAAAAAAUAA